AUGGAGAAAAUUGUGUUCUACGAGGACCGGGACUUCCAGGGAAAGUCUUAUGACUGCAAAGGGGACUCAGCUGACCUGCAUGGCUACAUCCGCAGAUGCAACUCGGUCAAGAUAGAGGGAGGCUGGUGGGUUCUGUACGAGCGUAACAACUAUAUGGGAUAUCAGUAUAUCAUCGGUCCAGGGGAGUACAAUGAAUACUGCAGCUGGAUGGGCUUCAAUGACUGUGUCAGAUCUUGCAGGAUCAUCAAAAACGCCAAAGGGCCAUACAAGCUGAUGCUAUUCGACCGGCCAAACUUUGAGGGAAAAUCUUUGGAGUUGACAGAAAACAUGAAAUCUGUCCAGGAGAAAUGGCUCAGGCACGAAGUCCUGUCCUGCAAGGUCCUAGAGGGCUCCUGGGUUUUCUAUGAACAUCCCAACUUCUGUGGUCGCCAGUACCUGCUGGAGAAAGGAGAAUAUCGACACCACUCAGAGUGGGGAGCUCUCAAAGCUAUUGUAGCCUCCAUCAGAAGAAUCAUGGAACUGUGAUAUUCAAGCAGUUAAAGAUUCUUGCAAUUCAACGCAUUACAAUAAAUUUCUUUGAUGCUUAUGUUUCUUUGUGACUUUGUCUUAAUUCAAACCUUCUCUUAUUACACAAUAUAUUUUUUUCUCCAUGAUAUUUCUAUGAUUUGUUCUGGCAAUACAGCUAGAGUAUGGCAUAUGAUACUAAUUGCAUGUACUGUUUUCAGUUAUCUGAACAUAGUAAUGCAACUGGUUUUUAGGUUCUUGUGCUUAAAGAAAAAUAUAUG